UUCUUCGUACCGCGAAUUUGCUACGGUGUGAAUUUCUCUCGCUUUAUUUCGAUCGUUUCCUUGUUUUAUCUGUGCAAUUUGUAUACAGAUACAUGAAUUAGUAUUUGCUUUAAACGCAAAGCAACGCAGUGGCCACGGUUUGCUUGGUAUAAUUUGUGAUACAUUGGUUCCCUGAAGGACUAGAACAAGAGCCGGCCCCCAACAACCAUGGAUAUGCUGAUAGCGAACGUCGAUAGUUGGAUGUUCAAGAUCGAGAAGGAUUUAAAUGAACAAUAUGGAGCCCUUGCACUUCCCUUUCCCGGGAUGGACAAAUCAACGGCCGCCGUUUGUUUGUUUUUCAACGCAUCCGAUGGGACGGAAUGUAAGAAGGGAAACUCGUGCCCAUUUCGACACAUCCGUGGCGAUCGAACGAUCGUGUGCAAGCACUGGCUGCGUGGUCUGUGUAAAAAGGGUGACCAGUGUGAGUUUCUGCACGAGUACGACAUGACCAAAAUGCCGGAGUGUUACUUCUAUUCCCGCUUUAACGCCUGCCACAACAAGGAGUGUCCCUUUCUGCACAUCGAUCCGGAGAGCAAAAUCAAAGAUUGUCCCUGGUACGAUCGAGGGUUCUGUCGGCAUGGUCCGAACUGUCGGCACCGGCAUGUACGGCGCGUACUGUGCAAUAACUAUCUCGCCGGUUUCUGUCCCGAUGGGCCGGAGUGCAAGUAUAUGCAUCCACGGUUUGAGCUUCCACCACCGCCGGAGAUAAAGGAUCAAACACCAAAACGUCCCACGACCUGCCAUUACUGUGGGGAGGUGGGACACAAAGCGUCAUACUGUCCGAAAAUGCCACAAGAGCAACGGGAAGCUACGCAACGCAUGGAGGAUGCCAAGUAUCGUGCCCUUGGAUAUUAUAAACAUCGAAUACAUCAAGAUUCCGCAAAUGCCGGGCCAGGUGCUGGCGGUGGUGGGGAGGAAGGCAACUUCAUGCCACAAAAACCUCCGCCACGUCCAAUAGAAGAGAUUACGUGUUUCAAAUGUGGCAUCAAGGGCCAUUACGCCAACAAGUGUACGAAGGGACCGCUGGCAUUUCUUUCCAACAAUGUACAAAGAAAGUAGGCAGCCCGUCGUUAGUUUCCGUCCAUUUCGGCGGAUGUUUCCUUUCUUUUCUUUUUUAUUUUCCCUAUUAAGUUGUAUAAAACGAAUCA